UCUGUUCAAUUAAUUGGAAGAAUGUCUCUUCGUUGAUUUUAAUUCCAUCGAUCGACGUUCGUAAAUAAUCGUAAAGGGGACUCGAAGAAGACCAGUGACAAGUUUACUUUAAGAAGAUAUUACUCCUGUAACAUGGUAGAAAGUAUCUACGCGAGUGAUUCGCCAAGAUCGCGUUCUCCGAUGACCGAGCCAUCGAGUCCUCUUCAAGAUGGUCCCGGGAUAUCCGGUUACAGUCACCGUUACCUCUACAACUAUUCACCCGAGAGUCUGCAACAGAAGCAGAAGAGCAGCGACGAACAGAACAACGUGGCUGGACGACGGCACAAUACCGAGAAACCGUUCUCCAGGAGUCCUGUAAGCUCCGAAGAAACGAGAUUCAGAGCUCGCGAUGUAUCGAGACCAAGUUCCUCGGCUACUAUGUCGUCACCCACGUCUGCCUUUACUAUAGAGAAUAUUCUGGCGCCUAGACCGAUUGGAAACGUGACACCGACCAGUACCAGCGGGCUUGGUUCUAUCAUUCAGAACCCGGAAACCGUUGGCUCGCCGUCGAGGACCGCGGCGAUGCAUCCUCUUCAACAACAAAUUCAUCAUCUGGCGUUCACUUCUGCCGAUUUGUUUGCCGCAGCAUACCCCAGUUUGUAUUCCGGAGGUUACGUAGCAGCGAUGGCAGCCGCCGGCGUUUCUCUUCACGGUCAACCAGCCUUCUAUCACGCUGCUCAUCCCUAUCAAAUAAAUCCAAAUGUCACGGCCGUUGGUCCUAUGACAAAACGGAAGCGUCGUCACAGGACGAUAUUCACCGAAGAACAAUUAGAACGAUUGGAAGCCACCUUCGACAAGACCCACUAUCCGGAUGUGAUCCUGAGGGAACAACUCGCCCUUCAGGUCGAUCUCAAGGAAGAACGAAUCGAGGUGUGGUUCAAGAACCGACGUGCCAAGUGGCGUAAACAGAAACGAGAAGAACAGGAACGUAUGCGGAAGCUUCAGUUGGAACAACGUCAGCGUAGCGACGACAACGUAUCCACCGCUACGGUCAAAGUGGCCGAUCAUUUGAAUCUCGCCAGACAGCAGCAGCAGCAACAACAACACGAACAAGACACCGACAGUUCUGAUCUCGAAGUGGCGUAG